AUGGACACCCUCGGCCAAAACGCUAUAAACGCGGGCAAGUCGUACGUAAACACCCGCAUGCACACUUUUGCACCAUCCAUCCUCCGUCCAUACUUCAAAGUGUCACCAAACUACGUGCUAUCACGCAUCCUUCUCCUGCUCUUUCCGUUCAGCACCUCACGAUGGACCCUGUUCUCGCCGGACCUGUACGUGCCAUUCGUAUCGUACCAGUCCUUUCUGCUGGUCAAAGCGCUGUGCAUCAAAAACAACAAACUGUUCGCGUAUUACUUCACCAAAACGGUGGUGAUUGAAGCACUGGUCAUUGUUUUUGUGAAGGCGCUGUCUUUCUUCCUGGACAUUGAGGUUAUGGUGGUUAACUUGCUGGCAGUUUCGUUCCACAAGUACCUUGUGAUGAUGGUUGGGCUUGUCUGCGGUGCGAUGAAGGUCUUUGUGUUCAGGAUUGUUUGGCUGUACCUGAUGGUUGCGCUCUUCGUGUUUUUUUGCCGGGGAUUUAAAUUUGUGAUUGGAUCGUGCGGUGUGAGAAGGAAGAGCGUGUAUUUUUUGAUGUUUGUGGUGUUUUUGGAGUGCUGUUACGUUGUUCUGUUGAGUUGACGGGUGAAGAUGCUGCGAUGAGAGGAAGAGUGGUAAAA